AAAAGUGUUGCAAAGUGGUCCACAGCCUCACCAGAGCGGGCAAGAACGUUACAGAAUCUGAAUCCGCGGGUCUGUCAUAUCCAUUGGAGUCCAGGGAGAAAGAGGACUUUGCUGUGGGUUUUCUCGUGCCAGGAUAGAGGGGUGUAUUUCACCAUUUUUAAAUCUCCUCUGUGAAUAAUCAAAUAUAACUAUGUCAAAGAAUUUCAAAGGUGGACCAUCCUUCGGACUUUCUGCUGAGGUCAAAAGUAAGUUGGCCCAGAAGUAUGACCCCCAGAAGGAGGAGGAGCUGAGGCUGUGGAUCCAGGACGUAACAGGCAAGAAGAUCGCUGAUCCUUUCAUGGAGAACCUAAAGGAUGGGGUCAUCUUGUGCGAACUUAUCAACACACUUCAGCCAGGAUCUGUGAGAAAGAUUAACACUUCCCCUCAAAACUGGCAUCAGCUGGAAAACAUUGGCAAUUUUGUACGAGCCAUCACAGUUUAUGGUAUGAAGCCAUACGAUUUGUUUGAGGCCAACGACCUGUUUGAGAAUACCAACUACACCCAGGUCCAGAGCACGCUCAUCACCCUGGCUGGAAUUGCCCAGUCCAAAGGUUUCCACUCCAAGCAUGACAUGGGAGUGAAGUAUGCGACAGCACACCAGCGUCGUUUCGCCCCAGACAUGCUGAAGGAAGGGCGCAAUGUCAUCGGCCUGCAGAUGGGUACCAACAAACUUGCCAGCCAGAAGGGCAUGACAUCUUAUGGCACGCGGCGUCACCUGUAUGACCCGAGGGGGGGAAUGGAGAACCCUCUGGACCAGUCCACCAUCAGCCUCCAGAUGGGCACCAAUAAGGGUGCCAACCAGUCUGGCAUGACGGCCCCUGGCACCAGGAGACACAUCUAUGACAAGAGUCUGGGCUUGGAGGAAUGCGACACCUCCACCGUCUCACUGCAGAUGGGCACCAACAAGAUGGCGUCCCAACAGGGCAUGACCACAUACGGCCUCCCUCGGCAGGUCUACGACAACAAGUACUGCUCCAACCCUGAUGAAUUCAUCAACAACGGAGAGGGGGCUGAGUUUGACGGUACUAUGUACUAUGACUAAAGAGAACAGGAUAACCCCAGUCCACUCCUCUCAAGAACCCCUCUCCACCAGCAAGACCACCCAAACUGUUAUUUACUGUUUUCAUUAUCCUCAUCCCUUGCUGUUGUCUUUGUGAUCAACCAUUCAAAUAAUUGUUGUCCUUUGAGGGGAUUCAUGCCUGGUUCAAUCUCUUUGACCUUGUUUUUAAAAUAAAUGUAAUGUUUUGGCCCACACCCCUCUCUCCCUUUGCAAUGGAUAUUUUUCUAUUCAAAUACGGUCAAAAUAAAUACUAAAAAUACUAAUAAUGUCAA